AUGAUGGGGCUUCUAACAAAUCUCACUAAGGAUGUUAAGGAAAUCAAACAAAACCAGGAAGAAUGUGGAAAAGAUGUGAAUGCAUUGUAUGAGGAAAUAAAACAGCUGAGAAAAGAACAAAAUGAAUACAAAAAAGAGGUAAAAAUUCUUAGAGAGGAAAACGAACAGGUAAAGAAAGAAGUGGAACAGUUAAAACAGGAAAUCACCAUAUCUUAG